CUCACCGCAGAAAAUUGCAAGCAAAUAUUCGACUCGCGCGUAAACAAAUCAGGCCGCUUUGACACGGCUCAGCUGUUUCCAACAGUUCCAAAUGUCAACAUCGUUCCAGUGUUGUCGGCAUCGAGAGUACAGUGCCGAUUUGAGUUUUACGGCGGCGUCGAUGAAAGAGUGCAGAUCAAAUUUCUGGAUUUUCAUAUACCAGCAGAAACAAAAAAUUCAACGGAAUGCAAGCCAAAUGAUGCAUUGCAAUUGCUAACCCUAGUACGAGGGAAAUAUGAGCCUACUGAAACAUUUUGCGGCGCAUUCCUACCAAAGCCAAUCAUGUCGAAUGGACCCAAGAUUUUAUUACAAUUUGUUGGGCGCUAUCCGCCGACUGGUUCAAAAAUCAAUUAUUACGGUUUCAAAGCAGAGUACAAGUUUGUUAAGAAUUUCGGCAUAUCAACAGGCCAGCAAAUUGAUGACAAUUGUACCUUUACAUACAAUAGUACAGAUCGAAUAUCAGGGUGGUUUGGUUCACCGAAUUUUCCUGGGUACUAUCCACAGAAUAUGAUAUGUCAUUACUACUUUUAUGGAAAAGCUGACGAAAGGGUCAUUAUACGAUUCACUUUCUUCGAUGUUGAGGGUAUUGGAACCUGCGAAUAUUUGACAGCUAGUGAUUAUGUAGAAUUUUCAAAUUUCAUGAGCACCGACCGUAAAUAUGGAAAAUACUGCGGCAAGCGAGAUAAAUUUGAGGUACGCUCCGACGGACGUUUUUUCCGCGUAUCUUUUUAUUCAAAUGAUCGCUUUGACAAGACUGGCUUUCGCGCUUUGUAUGAUUUCGAAGGAAAAAAUUUGCGUGUAGAAAAUACUUCAAUGCAGAGUUAUGUAUCUAAUGCCAAAGGUCUUUUGAGUUUAAAUCCAAGACACAAAGUAGUACUUGCUAUGCCACUGGCAUUUAACUUUAUGCGUUAUUGCUUAAUAAAUAAAUUUAAUUUUUAA